AUGGAGUUCCGUUGCAGUAACUCGCGUUUAUGCCCUUGGGUGGCCGCUAUCCGUGCGAUGGGCACUGGGAGAUCGCGAUUUUACCUUCACCAUGUGAGUCGCGACUAUAACGUCGCCGCCGAUGCACUGUGCAACUGGGCCAUGGAUACGCAGUCUCCUAGUGGGGCUAUGUCCUAUUCGGGCGCUUGUUGGCCGUGUCCAGCUCGAUUCGGCCAGGGUAUUUGCCCCCCCCCCCCCGUGUUGACUACCUAUUCAACUGGAUCAAGUGUCUCCCAAUCCGAUGGUCAUGAUCAUGCUGCAGCGACCAGGUUGCUCGUGUUGUCGGAACUCGAGGUAGUGGCUCACUUGAUUCGUGAUCGGUUCGCUCCUGAGAUAGACGGGAGCCAUGUCUACCCUUCUGUGACCCUGCCUCCUGCUUCGCCCGUGGUCAACACGUCGGCACGCCAUCAACCAUCCCCGUUCGAUUCUACAGUCCUCGUUCGUGUAUUAUCAACGGUAUCCAACGCUGUUCUUCGUCGAUGGGCUCAUCGUGUUGGUGUCCGCGUUUUCAUGGAUACGGCAUUCCUCGCGGCUUCGUCGGGCCGGCUGACGAUCCCGGAGGUGGAUCUCCACAUAUUGGACGGCCUCGCCGCUGACCCUCGCCUCGGUAUCGCCGGGACCCUCGAGUUGUUUCGAGGUCACACCUCUCAGGAUUUCCGCCCGAACAGGGCCCUCCGGCCGUGGCUAUAUCGCCAGCAUCUUUCCUCCCAUCCGCAACUCGAGCUGCUGUGUAACAUUGCUGAGAACGGCUUGGUCCCACAUUGGGCGGACCCUGUUCUUCGGACCGGUGCCCUACCGUCGCCGCCUAACUACCCAGGAGCCAACCAAGGAGCUUCAAUCGUGACACACAAAUGCAUUGUGGCCACGUUGGCUACGUUGGCUUCUUGGGAACGAUUUGCCCUUGGCCGUGGACGGCCGCAUCAUCCACGAUCGAUCAGCCCCAAGCUUUCGGCCAAUGACCACACAGAUGCUUCAAUAUCCCCGGACGCCACAUGGGACCCGUUCGUGUACAUUGCGCGGCGUAUCUGCUACUUUCGGCGCCGUUAUCCGGGAUACGCUGUCUACGCCAUGGUUGCGGAUAUCGCUGAUGCAUCCCACCUUGUUCCAGUACGUGCGCGUCAUGCAUCUGCGUUCUGGGGGAACUUGCUGCGUACGAACCAUGGUAUUGUGUCUGAUAUGGCUGUUUUCGGUUGGACCGCGUCACCUGGCUUCUUUGCCGUGUUUGGCAAAGCUGUUCGACACUACCAGCGUUCGUGUGCUUCGGUGUGGGUCGAUGACAUCCUGUUGAUCGAGGUCGAUAUUGGUGAUCGAUUGAAACAAGCAGAGACACGUCUCAGAGACGGCAUCAUGCUCGUAUUCGGGUCCUACGAGCUCGCUCCACCAGACCAAGUCCUUCUUGAGAAACUCAUACAGAACCAUCGAUGCAGUGUAAUGAUCACGAGCACGAAGCUCAGAGAACGCGUCGAAUUUCAACACCUCGACAAUCCAGAAGGCCAUGCCAGGGUUGCUCGAUGCUGGGAAAGAGUGAUGACGAGCUGGGGACCCAAACUGGCGAUCAACGGCGCCUGGCGUCAAGUUUGGAUUCACACAGAUUCUGGAGACGUCGCAAGUAUCAUUCGUAGAAUGAACCGCAGCGAUAUAGAAGCACAAGACGAAUUGCGCCGUUGUGCAUUGGGCCAGGCCCAAUUUCGACUCGACGUUUGCACUCACCUACUUCCACGAAGCAUGGUGCAGCGACGGUCAUGCGUGCACAUUAGUACUAAUAGUAUCGAUUUGGAACAGAUAUCGAGCGGACCAGAAGAGUUGAACAAAAGACGCAGCAGCUCAAACGAGCGAGCGUCACCGAGGGGACACUGGGGAGGUACACCAGGAAUUUCAAGUUCUGGGAGUCUUUCUGCACCGACUUCGGAUUCCCGGUCUGGAUCGACGAGCUGCCCAGGGCACAACAAGCACGGAUGGUGGGACGGUUUGCCGGACAAUGUGCUUCCGAAGGACACAACCGGAGUAAGAUCGCCAACAAGUAUCAGACCUUUGACGGAAAAAUGGCAGCGGUGGUCUUCGCGCACAAGGCAGUUCCGAAUGCCCGGCUCAACUACCAUGAUCCGGAAUUUGACCUUAUCGCUCAGGGACACAAGCGCACCAACCGUCAAGUGGAGCGGAAGCAACACAGAUGCUGCUCAAAAUCUACGAGCAGAUAGACAUCGCAGGUUUUGA